UUGGGGGUAUAAAUGAGCAGCCUCCUGUCUCUGUGUCAGGGAGCUCAGUCUGGGUGGUAUUGGCCAAUCCUGUCGCCAUGGAGGCAGCCAGAGAGGAGCAGGGGGGCUGUGCCCUGCUGAAUGCCAUCUCCAAGGGGCAGGUACACUUGGCUCGCUUCUUGCUGGAGGCGGUGGACGGGAGUCUACUGGAGACCCGGGACCAGGAGGCUCGGACCCCGCUCAUGUACUCGGUGUUACUGCCGGCUCCCGCCGCCCGGGCUCGCUUCAUGCGGCUGCUGCUGGAGCGGGGAGCCCGGGUGGAUAGCAGCGAGCGGACGGGCCGCACGGCCCUCAGCCUGGCCUGUGAACUCGGCCUGGUGGACGCGGUGAAGCUGCUGGUGCAGAGCAGCGCUGACCCGGAGCUGGCUGACCAUCGCGGGAACACUCCGCUGAUGUACGCUGCCGCCUCCGGCCACAGGGAGGUGAUCACCUUCCUCCUCCGGGCCUUCAAACGCCUGGGGCUCGACAUCGAGCGGCCCAACCAGGCGGGACUCUCCGCCGGACAAGUGGCCAGGCUCCUGGGCCAUCGCGACUGUGCCCUAGCGCUGGAGGCAGCGGCCAGGACAGGGCGGGAGAGAGGCCAUCUACCCCCUGACCAGCCCGCUGGUCACUCCAUUGGUCAGUCUCUUGGUCAGUCCCCUGGUCACUCCCAUAGUCAUUCCCCUGGUGACCCCCUUGGUCACUCCCCUGACCAUUACGUUGGUCACUCCCCUGGUCAUUACCUUGGUCACUCCACUGGUCACUCCUCAGGUCACUCCUCUGGUCAUUUCCCUGGUCACUCCAUUCUUCACUCCUCGGGUCAUCCCCUUGGUGACUCUCUUGAUCAUCUCCUUGCUUACUCUGGUGACUCUCUUAGUCAGUGCCUUGGGCCCUCCUCUGGUCAUUCCCUCAGUCAGUCCCCUGGUCACUCCAGGACUCCCUUCCCCUCAGGCAUGGACAAAACAGCUCCUUUCAGCAGUGGCCGGGAUGCCAUGGUCUCCAUCGAUGAGGAACAGGAUCAGGAUGAAGAUGAGGACCCGGCGAGGGAACACCUCUUGUCCCAGUCCUCCCGGUCUCGGCUCUGCUCCCUCAGCCUCCAGCAUGGCAGCGACCCCUGCACCAGCCUCCUGCCUCCUCUCAGCAGCUUCUCGGAGAUCUGCACCCUCAGAACAACGAUCCCUUACUCCCCACGGCCGGUCAAGAAUGAAACCACCACCCAGAGGCAGUGGGCAGCGGUGUGGACCAAGAUCACCCCAGGAGGGUCAGCUUCCACUGAGAGGGGCUCAGGACCUUCCCAGGGCAGGGCCUCCAGGGGCCUGACCAGUUACUUCCAGAAGAGGUGCAGCCUCCCCACCAGCACCCUGUGUCCCUGUCCCCCAGAGAAACAGCCAGCCUUCGGCAAGGGCAAGGAUGUGCCCAGUACCCGCUCUGGCACCUUCACCGCCCUGGGCAGCAGACUCUUGAGACGCUUCACCUUCCCCAAUUUCAAACAGUGCAGCGGGCACCGGGGCAGUGCCACCUUGGAGGCUGCCCACAGGAUGCCCCGAUCAGAAACUUUCCCCAUCAGAAAGGAUCACCCGCAGAUCUCCCACAAGCCCAGCAUCGACAGCAUCAGUGGAGUCCAGUGUGAGUUCCCAAUCUUAAACAAAUCCUAAGUUCGGUGGCUGAAACACAGGAGAAGAAAUUGCCCCGCAGUGUCCAGGGAUGUUGCUGGUGAACCCUGGGAAAUACCCCACGCGGAGAAUGGGGUCUGCGUGGGAUGUUCUUGGGAGGGUCAGUGCAGCCUCAAGGGGCCGAAUGGCUUGCUCCUACACUGUGGAGAUUCUGUAACGCUGAGGGAGAACAGACAUCCCGGGAGAUUGUGAGCUCAACCGCGGAGGAAGAGGGCGGAACAGAAUUCCUCUGGGCGUUAGAUCGAGAGAAACGCUUAGCUUUUAUGUUCUCCCGGUGUGCCAAGGGGAGUGCAACAGCCAGGGACUAUCUGAGCACUGGGUCUUACUAUAGCAAAGACUCCCACGUGUUUACCCUUUAACCAGAUUUAAGCUGUAGUUGCAUCGCUGUUUAUUGGGGCUGUUGGAAUCUUAUGACCCAGAAGAAGACCGUUCAAGCCAACGUGCCUGGCCCGAAGCUCCUGGGCAGAGCUUUCCAAUCUCUCCCACCCCCAGAGCGCCGGAGUUUAUUUUAUAUACUUUUCUGUAUUUGUCCGACUCCUUCAACUCAGCAAACUUUCCGCCUUCGAUCGUGACGCGUGUAUCCAUUGGAAUAACUGUGUUGUCCACGGAGAGACUUGGUGCAGACGUGGGCCAGGAGUUAAAACUGGUUGCAUGGUGUUGUGCCUCAGCACAGAGUCCUCAGACUGGCCUUAAAGCGGGACCAAGGAGCGUACCGCAAUGCCGGCGUUCAUAGCGACACUGUGCCUUUUCCUCAGCACUCGGUAACGCUUUACAUCUUGUGUCGUUGCAACUUUCUCUCCGCUUGUACGAACGGUCUGAAUGUCAAUUAAAUUGCUCGCGAGAUUUCCCUCAUGUUAACCUUAUAACGGGUGGGAUACAGCUAUUGAUGGGGUAAAGGUAACGCUGAGAUGAAGCCAAUGAUGAGAUCCUGUGCUGCCUUUACUCCGAAAGCUUGUACUUUCAAAUAAACCUG